GUUCUCAAGGAAAAUCCGAGCCGAACUGCGCCGCCGCCGCUGGAGAUCGAACUAGGCAGACAUGCCCCCCCAAGUAGAGCCACCGGCGCGGGCGCCGUCGCCGGCAUCGGCGAAGUAUGAUCCAGCGGUCACCGCCACCACCAUCACUUCCAUCACCGACGACCUCCUCCGCGAGAUCCUCGUCCGCCUCCCCUCCCUCCCGAGCCUCGUCCGCGCCGCCCUCGCCUGCCGCACCUUCCUCCGUGCCGUCCGUUUGCCCGCCUUCCGCCGCCGCUUCCGGGGGCUCCACCCGCCACAACUCCUUGGCUACUUCACCGACCCCUGCCGCACCGCCUUCCCUGCCUUCAUCCCCUUCCGAAGCCGCUCCGACCCCGACCUCGCCGCUGCUGUCCGCGGCUCCGAUUUCUUCUUCACCCGCCUAUCGGAGGACGGUGACGACAGUAGGUGGGCGUUCAACGGCUGCUGCUCCGGCUACGUCUUCCUCCACAACGAGAACACCGACCAGAUCGCUGCUUACAACCCCCUCACGCAGGUGCUGCAUAUCUUCCCCUACCCGCCUCAGGAGGCCUGCGACCCCUACUAUCUUGAUUUCCGCAUCAUCUUCUCGGAAGAGGACCGGAGGUUGUUCCGUGUGGUAUGUGUUCGUCGCCGGAGGCGGCGGCGGAGGACGCUGGCCCGCUUCUCUGUCUUCUCAUCGGACAGCAGGGAGUGGCAAUGUUUCUCGUGGGUGGACACCUCGAUGCCGCAGCCUGGGGAUGAUAAGUCCACUGCUAUGCCGCUGAAUGAAUUUGAUAGAUUAGUUUACUGGAAACACUUUAGUCAACCAUAUAUAAUCGUCCUCGACACUGGGACGCUGCAGUUAUCUCGAAUGGAUUUGCCGCCACCCUUGCAAGAUAUGGGCUCCACGGAAUUUAAGCUUGGCCAGACCAAGGAUGGGAGGCUAUCUUUGGUUUUCAUAGAUCACCUUCUUGCAAGCAAAGGAAUGCUCGCUGUUUGGUUUCGGAGAGCCGAUGGUGAUGGCGUUGAGAAAUGGAUGCUGCACAAGAUUUUCGCACUGAGUGAAUUUGUUGAUUUCUCUAUGUGUUCAGAAGAGUAUCAUGAUGUCAUUGUGCAUCCUGCGGAGGUCAUAGGUGAUUUUCUGUACCUGUAUCUUUGUUAUGAUGGGUAUACCAAGUGCUGCUGCCUAUCCUUGUGCCUGGAAACAGACAAGGUUAACAAGUUCUUUGAUCAUAGUGUCCAUCCCUACAUCAUGGCGUGGCCACCUUCUUUGGUAUGCAACAAGGAGGAUUUGGAAACCAAAGUUACUUGAGACAAUGUUGCGGAUGAUGACCCUGUGGGCACAGAAGAAACUCACUCUGUUCUUGUCACAGCAUUGCAAUCAUAUAAAGAAGCUCUGAUUAAUGGUGAUGGGGAAAAAGUUGCAGAGAUAGAGGCAUUCUACUUUCUAUCGAGGAUGAGAAGAAGUCUCUAGUUUGCAGAAUUGAAAACUGUGAGAUAUUGUAUCUCGAGGGUAAGUGCCGGCAUUGUUGGCUACAAGAGAAGGGCAGAAAGAGAGAGGUGAUGACAUGACUACUUCGUUGCCAGUUGAAUCAGCCUAUUUGAAAUGAUCAUGGUGUAUUUCUUUCAAUGAGAUGAGCUUUUUAGGGUAGCAAGGGAGUACUGGAGUCAUAAGCUACGGCUAACGAGUGUAACAGAUGUAUGCCUAUUUGGCAAGAGACAACUUUAUCUUUCUGGAGGUUGCUAUUUUACUGUGUGUCAUUGAGUCACUUUGCUUCUUAGCUUGAGUACUUAUCUGUUGUGGGUCCACUCUUUUUAUCUUCUCGUUGGUCUUGUCUUUUUAUUAUUAUCUCAGUCUUGUGUCAUUUGUAACAUUAUUUUCCCAUUAUGGUUGUUAGUUUCCUUCUGAUUGGUUUUACAUCUGAAAUGGGGUAAACAGUUUCCUUCUGAUUGGUUUUAUAUCUGAAAUGGGGUAACAAUGCCGCUGAAGGUGUGACGAUUUUCUCUCUUAAGUUGACCAGUAACCGUUUGAUCUAACUAGACAGAGAAUUGAGCUUGUUUGCAUAUCUUAAAAACUAACAUCUUAAUGCUGAUGAAGCAUUAAGCAAGUAAAAGUUAUGUAACACUAUGCAAUUUAGUUCUGGACUAUUACAUCAAAACAAGAUCAUGGCUGGUUCUCGGUUCUAGUCUCAGGGGACAAGGCCAUGAAUUUGGUGUGUGCAACAGUCGCUCCGAAGGGAGGCAGUGAGAUUCAGAUCAGAUAUGGCUGGGCCAUAUGGCACUUGGGGCAAAGCUAGUGGACUAGUGGCUGGGCAGUCAACUGCAUACUAUAGUUCUUGGUGCUGAAGUGGGCAGAGGUAUAGAGCAAUCAUCUCUGAAUAGGUUUUCUGGUCUGAUUCAAAUAUAAUUCAGCAGUAUUAUCUUUGGUUGAACAAAACGCAGCAGCUUUUCUACAAAAGGAGCUGCAGACACCAAAAUGAUGGCUAACACCUGCGAAGCCGAACUCCUCUUGGGACAUCCUCAAGAGCUCACCAAAGACCGUCGAGCCAAGGAACGCAAGCGGCAGCUCGAACCUCGUGCCGUCGUCAGUGUACACGAUGCAGCGGCCCUUGCCGGCCACUGGCAAGCAUGAUGUGCCACAAGACCCUUUGGUUUCUUCCGCAGACGUUGAUGAUGACAAGGUGAGCCUCUUCCUCCUCAUGUCUUUGUCUGUGGAAGAAAUGGUGGUGCUUAGCAAUGGAUUUAUAGCUCAGGGGUAAAGCAAGGUGGAGUGUGUGUGAUGGUUGGGCAGGAGGCAAUGCCAUGUGCAAUGCUACAUGUGGUGCUGCGGUUUGGAGGUGCCAUGAUGUGAUCUAGAUCAGGUUCUGCUGGGGCCAAGUGUUUGGCACUUGCCGGAGCUUGGCCUGCACGUCUCGCCUACACGCGUCGUGAUGGGUUUGCUGGGGAAAUGGCAUGAGGACCCCAUGGGGCCAAGUGUUUGGCACUUGCCGAGCUGGGGUUGGAUGCCUUGCCUGUACAGCUAGCCGUGGUGAUCGGUUUUCUGGGGAGAUGGCACGAGGACCCCAUGGGGCUCUCUCACCGAACAACAUUUCAUAUAUGGAUGGUGCUUGAAAAUCUCAUCAAAAUCAUUCAUCACAUUGUCUGUAGCUAGUUGCAACAACACUGCAUGGAGAGCACUCAAGGGUCAAGGCCCUGUCCCCUGCCCACCGCUCUUGCUGAUAGCUACACACUACCCACUGCCCUGAGCCCUUCUCUUCCUUCUACAAUAAAUCCAUGGCCUGCUCAACACAAACUUCUUCAUCUCAUCUACUCCCUCCGUGCCAAAAUAGAUGACUCAACUUUGUACUAACUUUAGUACAAAGUUGAGUCAUCUAUUCUGGAACGGAGGGAGUACAAAGCAACAUCACAAUCUACACCACACCUUUAGACUUUCAGAGCCAAACUGAAAUUUAGCCAGCCAAGAAAAUAUCAGACUCUACCAUGA